AAUGAAUGAUACCAUGGAGUUCGAGGAUUCUCUCAAUGAAAUUACAUCUCAAGAAAAAAAUAUUGUGAAUUAUUUGUAAGAAUUGAAAUUAAUAUUCUUGACUGACCCAUAAUAAAAAUAGUUUAAAUUUGAGCAAACCAAAAAAUAAUUGAUUUUUUCUUAUCGUUCCCUUGAUUCAGAUACAGAUAAUUCUGAAAUGACUCCACCAAUGAUCAUUAAAUCAUCAUCACUGUUACUUACAAAAUCUCCCUUAAGAUAGAAGAGAUUAUCAAUAGUAUCAGAACAUCCAUUAAUCUGAAUUAUUGUCUGU